AUGCCCCGAAAUGGAUUCGAAACACCUGAGAAUGGCUCUAAAACGCCCCUUAAAGCAUUCAUGAUCCCUUACGGUGUCUCCAAACGCCCUGGACUGGCCCAAAUAUUCCCAAAUGGCCCCCAAAUCCUCCCCGUUAUCCUCGUCGUCGCUUUCAGUGCCAUUAAACGCCGUAAGGUUUCAGCCCCCGCGGGGGUCGCGGUGGCUUUGGGGACCGGGGGGGCCGCGGUGGCUUCCGGGGGGGCCGAGGUGGGGGUUUUUAAGUCCCCCGGGGGUGGCGGCCGUGGUGGUUUUGGGGGCAGAGGAAGAGGAGGACCCGGCCGGGGGGGCCGGGGGGGGCGCGGCGGUGGCCGUGGGGGCUUCAAAGGGGGCAAAAAAGUGACGGUGGAGCCCCAUCGACAUGAAGGGGUCUUCAUCUGCCGGGGGAAGGAGGACGCGCUCGUCACCCGCAAUAUGGUGCCGGGGGAGUCGGUGUAUGGGGAGAAGAGGAUCUCAGUGGAGGACGGUGACACCAAAGUGGAGUACCGCGCGUGGAACCCAUUCCGGUCCAAAUUGGCUGCGGCCAUUUUGGGGGGCAUCGAUCAGAUCCACAUCAAACCCGGAGCGAAAGUCCUUUACCUCGGGGCGGCCUCGGGGACAACGGUGUCACACGUGUCCGACAUCGUGGGG